UAAGGUCCCUGGACCAGGAGGCUGGAGGUGUGAGGAAGAGGCAGAGCCUGAAGCAACAUGGAUGUGGGCACCAAAGAGGCUCUGAUGGAGAGUGCACUGCCACCACCGGACUACUCUGCCACCCCUCAAGGCCGGUUUAAAAUACCCUGCUGCCCUCUGCCCCUCAAGCGGCUGCUCAUCAUCGUGGUGGUCGUGGUUCUGGUGGUGGUUGUGGUGCUAGGGGCCCUGCUCAUGGGUCUGCAUAUGAGUCAGAAGCACACAGAGAUGGUUCUGGAGAUGAGCAUCGGGGGGCCAGAUGCCCAGCAGCGCCUGGCCCUCAGCAGGCGUGAGGGAACCAUCUCUACCUUCUCUGUUGGCUCCUCUGGCACUGUGGUGUAUGAUUACUAUCGGCUUUUAAUUGCGUAUAAGCCUGCCCUGGGUGCCACCUGUUACAUCACUCAAAUGACUCCAGAGGAUAUCCCCAGCCUUGAUGUCAUCACCCGAAAAUUUCAGAGUCACCUGGCUAAACCUUCUUUGCCCACUGCUAAACUGGAUCAGGAGGAGGACUCCCACGCCAGCUCAGAGUCCCAGGUGGACCCAGCUUUCCUGGGCCCUACUAUGAAUGUCCUUUGUGGAGAGGUUCCUCUGUACUACAUUUAGGGACCAUCCGGUUCUGGACUCCAAGGGGACAGAAGAAAUCCUGCGUGGUCCCUGAGUUUGAAGAAGGUUAUAACUUGCAAAGAGA